CCUUGUGCGGAAUAACACUGUUUUUUCCUGGACUCUUGGAGUUAAAACCUGAGUUCAGACGUCUCCGGAGUACCGACUUUAGCUGUGACAUGUUGCUGCGUGGUUUGUCGAUAUUUCCAGGCGGUAACGGACAGACCAAGCCAGGUUAGUUUAGCUAGCUGGUAGCCAAGCAGCACGGCUAAGGUUAGCUAUCAUUAGCCUCUCCGCUGGCAGAACCUAGUUGCAGUGUUGACUCAGCGUUUGUCGCAGCUCUGCUUGUUUGUAAGUUAGGCGUCGGAUAAUUUAAUCUACAGAUUGCCACCCCAGACUGCUGUUUCUGUGCAUAGACAGGGCGGCGGAGCAACUUCGCUAACGUUAACGUUAGCUACUUUAUGCGCUGGACACAGCUGUGAGUGAAAGUGAGUGGUCUCUUAAACUAGUGAUAUCCACCGUUCAAUACUCCUUUUUGACAUCUUGUCCGUUCAUAUUAUCAGCCUCGGUUAAAACACUGCUAAAAUGCAGCGCUGAUGCAUGCUAUCUGUUAGCUAAGAGCUCACGUCGCACUAACACCGGGCAUAUUGUUUAGGCUGACAUGGCAGCCAGCGGAUACUCUGACCUGAGGGAGAAGCUCAAAUCCAUGACUCCACACAGAGACGAGGAAAAAAAUAAAUACGUGGACGGGACGAGUAACGGAAGCGGAAAAGGUCGAAAGCGCAAGGUUCGAGAUUCCGACGACGAAUAUGAGCACAGCGAUGACAGCGUGGAGCUCAGGGAGCAGGUGGCGCACCGGGUGAAGAGCAGCAUCUUGCAGAAGAGCAUCUUCACACCGGAGGAGUGUGCGCACAUUGAAGAGAAGAUCGAUGAGGUGGUUGCACAAGGAGAGGCUGGACUUUACCGUGAGCAUACAGUGGAUAGGGCACCCCUCCGCAACAAGUACUUCUUCGGGGAGGGCUACACAUAUGGAUCCCAGCUAGAGAAGCGUGGACCGGGUCAGGAGAGGCUGUACCGCAAAGGAGAAGUGGAUGAGAUCCCGAGCUGGGUACAUGAGCUGGUGAUCAAGCCUCUGGUGUCUAGUGGAGUGAUCCCAGAAGGCUUUGUCAACAGUGCAGUCAUCAAUGAUUAUCAACGGGGCUGCAUUGUGUCACAUGUGGAUCCUCAGCACAUCUUUGCACGGCCCAUCGUCUCAGUGUCCUUCUUCAGUGACAGCGCGCUGUGCUUCGGCUGUCGCUUCCAGUUCAAACCAAUCCGCGUGUCAGAGCCAGUGUUUGUUCUACCGGUGAACAGAGGGAGUGUCACAGUACUCAGUGGCUAUGCAGCCGAUGACAUCACCCAUUGCAUCCGGCCCCAAGACAUCAAGCAGCGGCGCGCAGUUAUCAUCCUCAGAAAGACCAGACCUGAUGCACCUCGAGUGGACUCUGACAGUCCUUUAAGGUCUUCUCCUGCAGAGAGACCUGCUCCUCUUAAAGCCAAACGCUCUCACCGCAGAGCAGACCCCGAUGCUGCUCACAGGCCAAGAGUUCUUGAGAUGGACAAAGAGGAGAACAGACAUCCGUCAUUCUCCCGUCACCGGCGUCACACUAUCAGCUCAGAGAACUACUGGAAGCGUGGUCAAGACUCUGAGAAACACCGGGAGAGUUCAGGACGCAAAGUCAAAAUGAGACGCCAUUGAGCACUUCUCCAUUACACAUGUACACAUAUAAAUAUACCCGCUCUUUUAUGUAUUUCAAUAUUGUAACCUGAUUUGAUCAGUCAUCAUUUUCCCACUUGAGUUUUAGUCAGGCACAAGGAGCACAGUCAUCAUGUUGUCUGCAUUUUGAUUUGAGUCUGCAUAAGUUUGAAUGCAUUAUUUGUUUCUGGCAGACAAAGUUGACGUCUGUGCGGACAGUUCAGAACCUCAAGUUAGUCACUACAGUAAGGCUCUGUUCAAACUGUUCAAUUACCUUAAAUUAAACAUUUCUUGUUUCUAUGUCCAUAGAUACUUCAAAACGGCAUGUAUUUUUUGUAACCAAGAUGUACAGACUGCAAGAGCUGAAAGAAAGAUGUAUGUAUGGACUUGUACAAAAGAAAACCUGAGCUGUAAUCUACCUUGUUAUAAUGUACAAUAUGUUUGUAUAGUCUUUGAUUGGGGGAACUUCUAUGCAGAAAGAAAUCUUUGUUGAUUUUUCUUAUUAUUUUUUUUGCGCCUACAUUUCUGAUCCACACCUUUAUUGUGCAAUCCCAGAGCUUUGCUAUUUGUUCAGCCUCCCUGUCACAGUUUAGGUUGAAACAACUGGCAAAUGUGCAGCCAUGCGGUCUGUGUUUGAUUUGAUUCAGCUGUAUGACUCAUCUUGGGUGGAGGUCACAAUAUGGUGGAUCAGCUGAACUAAUGUUUUAUGGAGUGAUAAUAAAACUUGAGUCUUGUUUUACACUCCUUAUACAAUGACAGAGGCUAUGUUAUUGCUGUUCUGCAUUAAAUCAAAUUGGGUGAUAUUUGGGUUAGUCACAACUUAAUUUGAAAAAACAGCCCUUGUCUUUAAUGAUAUUUGUCUUGUUUAGCUUGUGUCUGAACGCACAGACAUGAAGAAAAUCAAUUUGAAGAUGUAUUUGUUCUUGCGGUUUGCCAUGUAGACCGAUAAAUUUGUUUCUUGCUCCCAGUCAGAGGUACUUAUUAACUGACUGAAAACAAAAGAUGGGAUGCUGACUUUGUGGACGCAGUGGUGGCACAUAAGGGGGUUUCCUGAUUUUGGUGGUAAUGUUUUUUUGGCUACAGAGGUGCUGGCUGAAUGAAAUAAAGCUGAAAUUGUUUCCACAGAGUUGGUCUGCCAUUCAUCAAAGCAGGGUUGUCCCUCAACCCAGUACAAGCUCCAGGUCAGGGAAGAAAAAACUGGAGUUUGUCUUAUACUGGCAGGAAGAGUAGUUAAUCUGUCGUUAUUAGGGAACCCGAUUCGUAUUUAAGUUGACUCAUUAUAAAUGAUCAAGUAAAUUAACUGCCUACAUUAGAUGUGUUCCUCUUCUCAAAUCGAUUGUCCCGUAAACAAAUUACUGAAGUUUGGAAUUUAAGAACAACUUCCAUGACCAGAAAGUCUGUUGAGCUGACAACAACACAUGUGAAAGCAAUAUGCUAUUUAUCAUCUCCUUCAAUUAAAUAUCUGUAUUCCCCUAACAACUCGAGUGGUGAUGGCGCAAUGGAUAAGACACAAGCCUUUGGUGUGAGAGACCUGGGUUAAAUCCCCCACUGUGACCCAUGUGUGCAAUUGUAAGUCGCUUUGGAUAAAAGCGUCAGCUAAAUGAAUAAAUGUCAUUUCCUUAAUUUGUAUUUUAAUUUGUAUAUUACGUAUAUUUCCAGAGAGAUAUUUAUAAUUCAAUAAAGAGAAAACACCAAUUGUA